CGCUCACCCAUGGACGGAUGACCCAGGAAAAAGAAAAAGAAUCAAGCAUGGAGAAACUUUUGAAGAAGUGUCAGAUCAGAAACAAACUGGUCAGGGAGUGUUUGGCCGAAUGCCUGGGGGUCUACAUCCUGAUUUUAUUCGGAUGUGGCUCCGUUGCCCAAGUAACAACAUCCCAGGAUAAGAAAGGCCAGUACCUGUCCAUCAACCUGGGUUUUGCUCUGGGAGUCACAUUUGGAGUGUUUGCAUCUCGUGGAGUUUCAGGUGCUCAUCUGAACCCUGCUGUGUCUCUGAGUUUGUGUUUCCUGGGCAGACAUCCCUGGAUAAAGCUGCCUUUCUACGUCUUCUUUCAAGUGCUGGGAGCUUUUCUGGCUGCAGCUACAGUCGGUCUACAGUACUACGAUGCCAUCCAGGCGUACAGUGGGGGUAAACUGACAGUGACAGGCCCCACUGCCACAGCGGGCAUUUUCUCCACUUACCCAGCUGACUACCUCAGUGUGUGGGGAGGCGUCAUGGACCAGGUGAUCGGCACCGCUGCCCUGCUGCUCUGUGUCCUGGCUCUCGGGGAUCAGGGACACGGGCCCCUCCCUGAUGGUCUCCAGCCUAUUCUGGUGGGGGGGGUGGUCCUGGUCAUUGGUAUCUCCAUGGGCUCCAACAGUGGCUACGCCCUCAACCCGGCCAGGGAUCUGGGCCCCCGGCUGUUCACAUUCAUCGCUGGCUGGGGAGUCGAAGUGUUCAGGGCCGGAGGUGGGUGGUGGUGGGUGCCCAUAGUGGCCCCCUGUGUGGGGGCACUGCUGGGAACCCUGAUCUACGAGCUGAUGAUUGAAGUUCACCAUCCGACCAGUUCAUCUGAGCAGCAGAGUCCAGGUCAGGGGGUCAUAGAGGGAAAACCAGUGCUGGAGCUGGAGGGGGUGGAGCCAGACUCUGGAAAAACCACAUAAGGAACCAGUUAUAUAAUGGACUAAAGACAAUUAAUACUAUUUAGUCUGAAAACACUGGAGUUAUGUGACCGUCACCAAC